UAAGAACUUAAAUACCUUGCGAUGGCUCUUACUGAGUUCCAUUACUUCUCGUCACUUCCUCUGGAACUCCGCCAAGAGAUCUACAGCUUGGCCACGCCACCCCGCUUUGUUCACGUCCAGCAGUUUGAUGAGCAGGACUACGAUGAAUUUGCAGACCACAUACGCGCGACGCCAAACGCUAUUCGACUAGACGAAUCUCUUACACACUUCUCGUUCAACUGGCGGUCUCAAAUUCCCUCUCAGACCACACAGAGUACACUUGAACGUUAUGGAUUCUCAAGUACCAAGUCCGCGUAUCAGCCUUGGAACGUGACAAAGCUUGCUCCUCGAAUGAGUCUAGAUUGGCUAAGCCAGUGUCCUGAAUAUGCGUGGCAGCUCUGCAGGGAGGUUUCCAUGCACAGCACUGCUCCAAUUCCUGCACUCUUGCAUACGUGCCGUGAAUCUAGAGACGACUUGAUCAAGAGAGGCUAUCAGCUUGCCUUUCGCACACGAUUUCACGGUCCUCGAACAUGGUUUAAUUUUGAUCACGACGUCUUGUUCAUCUUUCACGGGGAUGAUUGGGGUACCAAGCAUCGGGUACUAAGUGGCUGUGCGUGGGAUAUCAGCCAGUUCCAUCCCAGUGACAUGCAAAAGGUCAAAAGAGUCGCCUUGGACGAAUCUACAGGCUCUCUUUAUCUUGCACAUCCUAGGUUCAGUGAGGGCAACUACAAGUUCUCCGAUCUGUCAUCUGUGUUGCGACUUUUCAAGCAUCUCGAGGAGUUACUUUUGGUGGAAUGGACAGAUUCACAUAUGGAGUUAAUCAGCCCGAUGAAAGACGUUUACGCCAGGGCGAAGCAGCGACACAAAUAUGACACCCAGUGUCUUUGGAGCUACCAGCCUGUCAGCGAGGUUGAUGUACUUCCGCAGCUGUUUCCCCCUACGAACCCUUGGAGUCCCCUGACCGUAGCAUCUAUCGGACCAUACGGGGAACUUCUUCACAAUCAUCAAGGUCUAGAACGAAACAGUUACUUCAGCAUGGUUCAGAGGUCUCUACGAGAGAAGCUUCUCGUAUACAGAGACUCCGUAGGUUCACGGCAGAUAGUCGAUGUCAAUGUUUGGUGGAAUAUACCUACCAUCACGACUGUCCAUGUCAUGUCGAAUUGGGGACAUGAAAUUCUUGGGCGGGAACGGUGGCGCGCCCUGAGUCGGGUUUAUGCACAUCGAAAGAAGUGGCUGGCCCAAGAAAAGCGAGUCUCUAAUCCUCUGCCGCAAGGAGAAGCGUAUGACUAUGAAGCGGAUGAAGAGGCAUAUAACCUCGUCUCGGGGGGAGAUUCUCAUGAGGCGCAGCGUACUUGGUGGGUUGAAGAAGGCAUAAUCCCUUUCAUUGAUGAAUGAGCAACUUGAGAAGCGCUUGGCAAAGGAUAAUGGAUUAGCUACGGUGACGACGUCUAUUCUAAAUGACAACAAGACUUAGGUAAGAUCAGCAUAGGAUUAGUGAAUUUUCGACUAGCUAUUCUUGACAUCUUUCUCUUGCCCUGGUAGUCUCUUGGCUUCUCUCUUUGCUUUACGG